CUCGGUGGAGGGGGCCAAGUGGGAUGGCUUGUGGUCGUCUGGUGACGAGGGAGGUGGUGGAGGAGACGAUGAGGAGGAAAUAGGCAUGGGUGGCGAAGAGGAUAGUGACAGCGGUGAUGAUAGUGGCCACAGUGGUGACAGUGCCGCACUGCCCUCACUCCAAAUGCCACAGCCACAGCAGCAGCAGCAGCAGGGGCGCUCUGGCUGUGAGCAAGCGGUGCGUGCAGGAGGCAUGUGUGAGUAUGAGCCAGUUCCCAAUGGCCCACGGCAGCGUAAAUCGUCCACCACUCCUCGCCCACCUGCCGCCUGCCUCCGUCCGUUGCUGCCGCGCCCACUCAGCGCCUCAUUGCAACCUGGUGCACGUGUUGCUGCAGGGCACCCUGCUGCCCCCAUUCAGCCUCCUUACUUGACAAAUCAGGCAUAUCCCCCUCCUUACCCACCCUAUCCGUACAUGCAGUUCCCUCCGUUCCCACCACCACCACACUCAUCCUCCCAUCCCUUCCCUCCCCAGUCUGCCCCUCCCCCAAUCAUGCCUGCCUGGCCACAGCAGGGGUAUGCAUCACAGCCUCUAUAUUCUCUCCCUGCUGUUGCUGCCUGUGCUCCUGCGAGUGAGGAUGGGUUGGGUACUACUCAAUCCACUGCCAUAGCAGGGGGUACAGGUAUUGCAAUGAGGAAGGGAAAGAAGAGGAGAGGGGAAGGCGGCGAUGUAGAGAUUGAGGUGGCGGGAAGGAAGGAGGGACUGGUUGGGCAGAAAAGGAGGGCACGUGAGGCGGAAACAUCAGGGAAACGCGCUGCACGGAGUUCAGCGUUUCAGAAUGCCUGGAAAAUGCUGAUGGACGGAGGGAACGCGGAAGGAGAGGGUAGGAGCCGUGGUGAUGGUGCUGGUGAGGGUGUUGAGGCGCAUGUGGAUGGAGAGGAUGGUGGUGAUGAUAACAGGGAGGAGAGGGGGCAAGGGAAGCGCCAGAAGAGAAAGGUUACAUGGGGUGGUGUUGCUGAUGUGGGGUGA